AUGGAUGACGAUCGCCUAUUCUUUUUACGAUGUCGUCUUGACAAGGAGGUCAUCGUGCGACGAAGGCUAUUGUUAUUGAGCCCUGUAUUCAGGGAUAUGUUGAUCGUCGGUGAUGCCCCGAGCGAUAUCCCUGAUGGACGACCAUCGAAGAGGCGACGCAUCGAACCUACUCAAGAUAAUACUAUUCCUCUGGACGACGAUUUCGGGCCUUUAAACUUCCUUUUCAAGUUGCUCGACGGUUCCUUGGGUCUACUGAAGGACUACAAUAGACACCAUAUCAUGGGGGUCAAAUCGCUCGCCGACAAAUAUGAGUUGCCCUUGGUAACCCGGCUGCUUGGCGAGCGGUUGUGGCAGGAAGUCGCCGAAGGAACCUACUAUCCGAUUUGGGCUUACGCAAUCGCGAUGCGUAUGCAACGGCGAGCACUCGCUCGAUACGCAUUGCGUUGUAUGCCCAAAAACACGCGACGGCCGCACAAAUGGAGCUUGAGUACAGCGCAGAUCGUAGGCGUAGAUGCUUGGCACUGUGUGAUCAAUGCCGCCAACGGUUGCGAAACUUUUUCCUGGGAGAAGGUUUCUGAAUGUCUGGAAUUUCCCCCAUCGUGGACCGUCGACACUCCGGGAGAUGCGUAA